GAGACUGCAGAUUAGGGUUAUAGCUCACGUUUAUGUAAUUCCUCCUUUUGACGAAAGUUAUCGUAAAUGCUGGCAUAUUCCGUAUUUAUCUUUAAUUCUGCAUCAGAAUUCGAAUUAUCGUCAUUAAAUAAAGACAUAUUAAUUGAUAGAAACGAAUGCUAAUCACAACGCAUUGAACUGCAAAUGUUGCACGUUGCACUUGCGAGAUAACCUAAUUUUGACGAAACGUGUCGAUGGUACGCAUUCUACGUGUGAAUUGUGGACUAUACAAGAAUGGCUUGUAUUUUGAGCAAAGCCCCCAUUUUGUGCCGAACUACUUUUCACAAGAAUAUAAUUUUUGGAUCUGUAACUAAAAUCACAAGAAGUUAUCCGCAUUACUCUAAUAGGACAAAUAUCAUCGCAGAACAGAAAUUUAGAUUUAAGGACAAUAUAAGCAAUGAUUACAAAAUCAUAUAUAGAGAGCAAGGAAUUGUCAAUAUAAUCACUACCAUUGCACAUAAUGCUGGAUGGAUAGGUGUUAUUCUUAGUGUGUUCCUUACAGGAUAUAUAAUUUACGUAAAUCCACCAGUGGAAAAAGAACCGACAAAAACAUUUAGCAAUGGUGGUAUAAUAAAGCCUCUAAGUAAACUAGCUAGGGCAGGCAUAGUGCUCUUUUCUUUUGCCGCGUCUGUCUCGCUUAUAGUAUGCAGUAGAAUGAUCCCGUUUAGAAUUUAUUAUAAUUCUGCAGAGAAAUUGUACAAAGCUGUGUUCGUGCGUUCGAUAUUGGGUAAAAAACAAAUAAUAACAUUCGGCGAAGGUACUGCUGUGCCGAAAUUUAAGCGUGCACAUACAGGAGAUAUAUUAUUUAAUAUUAAUGGUCGUACUAUUUUACUUGAUAAAGAAUGUUUCCCAGUACCAUAUGUACGUGAACGAAUGAUCUGCAAAACUAAUUAGAACUAUAUGUAUUAUAUUUAAUUAUUUAUAUUGGUUUAUUAUAUAUCUUUGUUUCUUCUAUCUAUCGCACAGAAAUGUUCCUAUUGUGAUAUCCGUUUAUUCUACACAUUAGGCAUUGUUAACAUAAUAAAGCUAACUAAUAUUAAUAUGUAAAUAGUAUUCAUAUAGUAAUUACACAUAUUCUUCACAAAAUAUAUAUAAAAUUAAAAUCAAUUUUUUUUUUCUAUCAAUUUUUUAAACAAAAUUCGUUCUGCGUAUUGUAAAUAUUGUAUUUGUUCUAAUUCCUCCACCUUCUCUCUUAUAAGUAACGUAAUAAAUAAAAUUUCUUCUACA